ACAAGUUUUCAGUAGUACUAUUGCAUUUAAGGCUGAGUAGAUGUUUUUCCACAGUAUAUUUAAUAUAAUUUAGGUGUAAAAGCAUUUUCUACUAACAUUUGGUAAAUAACACUAAACCCACGCCCUAUGGACGACCUCAACCCCUUGGCUGGAACAGCACAUCUGCUGGAGGAAGUGGAUAAGAAACUUAUGGUUCUACUUCGGGACGGUCGUACACUGAUUGGCUACUUGCGAUCCGUAGAUCAGUUUGCCAAUUUAGUUUUGCAGCGGACAAUAGAACGGAUACACGUUGGCAACCAGUAUGGUGAUAUACCGCGCGGAGUUUUUAUAAUACGCGGCGAGAACGUGGUGCUGCUUGGCGAGAUUGAUCGUGAUAAAGAACAAAAGCUUCCCCUUAAAGAGAUUUCCGUUGAUGAGAUACUUGAUGCACAGCGUCGUGAGCAAGAACAGCGACAGGAGAAGCAUCGACUCGUGUCCAAAGCACUCAAGGAGCGCGGCUUGGCGGUCAAUGCGGAUAUCAUCAAUGAAGACUUUUGCUGAGCCGGGUCUUCAUCAGAAUUAUUAGAUGUGACCAUGGUCUGCAUAAGAGAAAACGCAACGAUACGCAUACUAAUAUGGGGUACCCCCUUUAAAUUGCUGGAUUUUAUGUGGUCUGGCAACGCCAAUAUCUUGCAGUUAGUGCAUCUUCAUUGUAAAGGCCGGAAACUUUGAUUAGAAUAUGUUUAUAUAAUCUCAUAACAUAAGAAAAAAUUGUUACAAUUUUAAAGUGUAAUCGAUUAACAAUUUAAGAAAGCAUUCGAUAGCGUUGCUUGACAAUUCAAUAUAUCAAAA